GGUAAGAAACGAACCAGUAGUCUCUUCGACUAGUUGGUUGUGGAAGACUGAGCAGCUUUUGUGUGGUAUAGGAUUAACUUUCCUUGGUCUGCUCGGUUUCCUUGCCACAUUAAUUUUAGCAUAACCUUUCAGCCCCACCAAAAUCCUAUUUCACUCAUUCCAAGGUUUUUAUUUUGAAAUUUAGAACAGUUAUUCUAGGGUUUUAGAAAAACAAAAAUCCAAGAGGUUCGAUGAACGCCCGCCCCAAAAUACAAGAUUACGAGAUCAGUCCGGAGAUUUUGAGGGUGGAAUCCCAUGGCCAAGUGUACAAAGCCACGCACAAAUUGACCGGCGAGUUAGUCACGAUUAAAAAGGUGACGGCGGACGACGGCGUACCUCCCACUCUCGUCCGCGAGAUGUCUGUCUUGGGGAAGUUUACGAAAUCGGCUUACGUUGUCAACUGCCGCGAAGUCAUCCACGAGGUCGAGGACUACAAGCCCGUUUACUACGUUAUUUACGAGUACCUAGUAACCGAUCUCCACAGCUACAUCGCCGCCAAACCCUUACCGUCCGAUGUGGUCAAGAAUCUUCUCUUCAAGCUCCUCCAGGGCGUCGACGAGUGUCACUCUAAAGGAGUCCGCCACCGGAACCUAAACCCUAGUAAUCUGCUGGUGGACGAGGAACGAGGGUGUCUUAAAAUUGGGGCCGGCAUUGGUCAGUCCUUCGCUUUUUUUGGCGAGGCUUCUUCCAUCCCCGGCGGGACGGUCAGUCUCUUUUACCAGGCUCCGGAGGCUUUGCUCCGAUCAACCAAGUGCAGGGCUGCUGUUGACAUGUGGGCUGUCGGCUGCAUAUUCGCUGAGAUGGUGACUGGGGAUGUUCUGUUUGUCGGAAUUGGUGAUGAUCCUAAACAUGCUGAUAAGGAGCACUUGCAUGAGAUUUUCAGCAGGCAGUUAGGAAAACCAACAGAGCAUGAGUGGCGAGGAGUCGCUUCUUUGCCGGGUUGGGAACCCUACGAAGAAUGGGAAGGAGAAAAGAAGAAAGCUCGGUGUUAUUUGGCAGGAGAUUUGCCAAAAGAUCUGCUGGUAGCUGCAGUUUCUUUGGAACAAGAUGGAGCUGAUCUUCUUUCGAAAAUGCUUACAUAUGAUCCAGUUAAAAGAAUCACAGCUAAAGCAGCAAUGGAGCACCCCUACUUCAAGCCAACAGCAUGAGUCUUACAGUAUAUUUCUUUUGAAAACUGCAGAAAAUGCUUAUAUAUGAUCCAGU